GGGGAACAGGAAGUUCCGGGUAGAAAACGAAAGAACUGUGUAAUGUCGUUAGUGGUUGAGUUCGUUUCAACUGUAUUAUUGUAGGUAUGUAAUAGCACGUUUAAACUUUAUAAUGUCGAAAGAAUAUAUAACAUGCUAGGUAACAAAUUCGUCAAGAUAUUUUCACGUUUGGUAAAGGUUUUAAUUGUAUUUGUUAUUUUGGGGUCAAACCGAGUGAGUGAAGAACGUGAUUAAAAACGUUUUUACAAGUCACUUAGGUAGACUUCGGGUUUGUCUGAGUGUAUGAACAUAAUUUUGUCAGUCAUUGCAUAAAGCUUCCACCUAUUUGAGUUCGUUUUUACAUGUUCUUGGUUUUGUGUAAAAUGUUGUUUAUGAGCUGGUAAAUAGCCUCGCCCGAACCGUCUUGAUCUCGCGAGUUUACAUACACUGUUUCGUAAAUGUAAGCUCGCGAGAUCAGGAUGAUUCGGACGAGGCUCUUCAAAUGGCUGCUUCAACGGUUUCGGUCGUCUUACGAGGAGUUUGCUCGUGAUGAAAUGGCGACAUGAGGCUGUGUGAUGGAGUGUCAAAAUAGAGGGAAGCUAACUAAAGUUUUCCUUCACCAUUUGGAGAGAGAGGCCAACUGCAUGGAAUGGCGUCGAUUCAUGCGGAUGAAUCGGAGCACUUAUCAAACUCAUUCCAUGGAGGACCAAGUGUCUGCGGGUUUUCGCUCCACCCUUAUACUUGAUUAAUGAAUUAAGGUCACUAAUUAUAAAGGAACUCCGCUCAUCUGAUUGUCUAGGUUAUAAUUGAAAUGGAGAAAAAAAUGUAACCCGCGGAGACUAGGCCCUCAAUGGAAUGAGUUUGACACCCCUGAAACAAUGGAAAUGGAGAGAGUUUGAGAAGCAACAGCUGUGCUGGAAUUCGAUCAAUCUGGGCGACAUUUCUGAUGAUACGGAGCGGGAGGAUGAGGGCCUAGUAUGUGAAUGGUCUGUAGUGGAAAGACAGGAAGAACAGAGUAGUAAUGUGUCACAGUAAAAAGUUGGGAUGGUGUUUGAGGAAACAGGGCCUCAUUUACACCCUAUCUGAUUAACCAAGGCCAUAAAUGAGAAUGUGUUCUGAACUAGCCUACCUGGUUAAAUAAAGGUGAAAUAAAGCAUUUAAAAUGGUAGAUUGUUAAUAUCGUGUGCUAGUCAGGUUCAGCAAGGGAAGAUUCUUCAAUUGGAAAAUCAUAAUGGGACGAAGCUCAGAAGCCAUGCUAAAUUGAAGGGAGUAAUCUGAGGUCCCAAUAUCUAUGUCCAUGGAUGAUAUUGUUAAAGAACAUGUGAAGGAGACAGAGUGGUUGAAGCCUAAAGGUUGAUCAGUUGGAAAGAGGGUUAAAGAAGUGAAAGCUUAUCAGUGCUGUUGAGGUUUGAGAUGGUUUUGUCUGGAAAAGUACAGAAUAGGAUUCCUUAGCUUCAAUGUUAGAGUUUUUGACCCAGCCUCAUCAAUCAAACAAUCAAAUGUAUUUAUAAAGCCCUUCUUACAUCAGCUGAUGUCACAAAGUGCUUUACAGAAACCCAGCCUAAAACCCCAAACAGCAAAGUGUAGAAGCACAGUGGCUAGGAAAACCUCUCUAGAAAGGCCAGAACCUAGGAAGAAACCUUGAGAGGAACCAGGCUAUGAGGGGUGGCCAGACCUCUUCUGGCUGGAGAUUAUAACAGAACAUGGCCAAGAUGUUCAAAUGUUCAUAGAUGACAAGCAGUGUCAAAUAAUAAUAAUCACAGUGGUUGUCGAGGGUGCAACAGGUCAGCACCUCAGAAGUAAAUGUCAGUUGGCUUUUCAUAGCCGAUCAUUGAGAGUAUCUCUACCGCUCCUGCUGUCUCUAGAGAGUUGAAAACAGCACGUCUGGUGAACAGGUCAGGCUUCCAUAGCCGCAGGCAGAACAGUUGAAACUGGAGCAGCAACGGAGAAUCAUCACCGUGUUUUUAAAUGCCAAAGAAUGGAACAUGUAGCUGUUGAGUGAAAAUAUGUGCCAAGUGGCUGGUCCUGUAGUAAGAGGACCUACUGUCAGACUGAUUGAGCUUCCAUGGCUGGUCCCGUAGUAAGAGGACCUACUGUCAGACUGAUGGAGCUUCCAUGGCUGGUCCCGUAGUAAGAGGACCUACUGUCAGACUGAUAGAGCUUCCAUGGCUGGUCCUGUAGUAAGAGGACCUACUGUCAGACUGAUGGAACUUCCAUGGCUGGUCCCGUAGUAAGAGGACCUACUGUCAGAACUGGUCUUUCUACUAGUCCUGACAUAGUUUCGAGGGCUGUUCAGAAAUCUUGCGCCCAUAAAUGCGCUGUGACAAAGGAUACUUUAAUAUUGAAUAAAAUAUACUUCAUAGCUUUCAUUGGUAAGGUUAUCAACAACUUGGAUUGUGUAAAGCAGAAAUACCAGGUUGAAAGUUAUCUUGUAAACUGCAGCAGAGUUGUUGGGGGUAACAGAUGUUACUGUCGGUAUGGUUUUUGAUAAGCUGGAUAACAUGGGGGUGGAUUGUUUCAGCAUGAUAUAGACCCCAAUGUUUGCAAACACAGAAAUUGAUCUAUUGAUAAAGUUUAUUGGGGGUGUGGGAGGGUUUUUGGGGAAGGGGAGGGUGUGGUAGAAGUUAAUAAGGAUUUCUUGGUUUUUUUUCUUAGUACAGAAUUAGACAGACAUGGACCUUAAACAUUUGUUUGCGGACCGCCAUGAUACCAUAGGAGGUCUGCAUCAACGGACUUCAGUGCAGGUAGUGCCUCAUCAGAGAGAGAACAUUUCAGUUGCUCUACAGUUUUGAAGCUGAAUGUAAUGAUUAUCAGUCCUUUGCAUGUGUACUAAUAUUCAGACACAUUCAGUUGUUUCUAUAUUUAUCUAUAUUUCAGGGUUUUCACACGGGGCUUCAAGUAAAUAAAUAUUAGUGCUUGAAAAAGUACUUAAGUCCUUGAAUUUGACUUGCCACUGUACGAUCCCUGAUAAUCUUACUAUGGUGUGAAUGGGAAAUACAAUUGGUUUUUGUGAGUGAAAUAAUACAGUGAAGACAAGGUUAUUCAGGAGAAUGUUUACGUAGGUCUGCCUACAACAUACUGAAAUCUUGUACUAAAUGGCUUUUGAGUCAUUUAUGCAUUUAUGUGAAUUUAGGAAAUCUACUAUAGAUUAAGUGCAUUUAUGUUGUGCAAUUUAAAAUGUGUACUUUGUGUCUAAUGUGAAUGAAUGUUUUGUCAAGGAUUAGCUACCUGAUCUACUGAAAUGAGAUAAUUGAACAAGAAAAAAGAGAAAAUAUUUUUACAGAAUAAAGUGCCAGAACUGUCAAGAAAAUAACUUUUGUGUCCGUUUGUCUUUAUUACUACAGGCCGACUCAGAUUAAGUCUGAGGCCGGUAACAUCAACAGUGAGGACAAACCCAGCCUGCCACUCUCCUUCCACACUGAAUAGAAACCUACAGUCACUGGGUCCUGAUUGUGACAGUGGAGCCCAGUUUGCACUGCAGGAUCCAGAGAUGGCAUCAGUGAAGCUGGAGGACUGCAGUCAAACACUGGAGCUGAAUGUCAACAUUAAAGAUGAAGAAGAAGAGGAGGAGAAGAUUAGAACAACUGUUAGUCAUGGAUACCAUGUAGAGACAUUCUCUACAUCCAGAGAGCAACAGCAGGAAGAUCAGAGAGCUAAGAGGUCUCAUCACUGCCCACAUUGUGAAGAGAUUUUCCCAUUUCUAUCAAAGCUAAAAAUACACCUAAAAAUACACACAGGAGAGAAGCCGUACUCCUGCUCUGGCUGUGGAAAAUGCUUCAAAACAUCAACUCAGCUAAAAGUUCAUCAGAGAACACACACAGGAGAGAAGCCUUUCUUCUGCCCUGACUGUGGAACUAGUUUCUCUCAACUUGACCACUUAAAAUCACAUGAACGUAUACAUACAGGGGAGAAGCCAUACUCCUGCUCUGACUGUGUAAAAUAUUUCAGAACAUCAACUCAACUAAAAGUUCAUCAGAGAACACACACAGGAGAGAAGCCAUACUCCUGCUCUGACUGUGUAAAAUAUUUCAGAACGUCAACUGAUCUAAAAGUUCAUCAGAGAACACACACAGGAGAGAAGCCUUUUUCUUGCCCUGACUGUGGAACUAGGUUCUCUAAACUUUCCAUCUUAAAAUCACAUGAACGUAUACACACAGGAGAGAAGCCUUACUUCUGCUCUGACUGUGUAAAAUGCUUCAAAACAUCAACUCAGCUAAAAGUUCAUCAGAGAACACACACAGGAGAGAAGCCUUUCUUCUGCCCUGACUGUGGAACUAGUUUCUCUCAACUUUCCUACUUAAAAUCACAUGAACGUAUACAUACAGGGGAGAAGGCAUACUCCUGCCCUGACUGUGGAAAAUGUUAUAAAACAGCAACUGAGCUAAAACUUCACCAGAGAACACACACAGGAGAGAAGCCUUACUUCUGCUCUGACUGUGGAACUAGUUUCUCUCAUCUUUCCAACUUAAAUAGACAUGAACGUAUACACACAGGAGAGAAGCCUUACUUCUGCUCUGACUGUGUAAAAUGCUUCAAAACAUCAACUCAGCUAAAAGUUCAUAAGAGAACACACACAGGGGAGAAAAAAAGUUCAUCAGAGAACACAGGCAUGAGAGAAGCCUGCUUACGUCUGCUCUGACUUUUGGGUGAGUUUCUCUCACCAUAGCAACUUCUUACUAUUUUUUAGCUAUGUUAGCAUGUUAGCUUAGCAUGCAACUACUUAGCAUGUUAGCUAACCUUUCCCCUAAACCCAUUUAACUCUACCUUAAACCCCUCACCCCUAACCUAGCUAACGUUAGGAACAACAAAUUGGAAUUCGUAAGAAAUCAUACAUAUUACAAGUUCGUAACAUAUUGUAUGAAUAGCAAUGCGUAACAUAACAUAUGAAUUGUAAUUCUUAACAUCUGAUACGUCCUACAAGUCGUAUUAUACUGAACAACAAUCUAAACGCAACAAUUUCAAAGAUUAACAGUUUGUAUAAGGAUAUCAAUCAAUUGAAAUAAAUGAGGCCCUAAUCUAUGGAUUUCACAUGACUGGGCAGGGGCUCAGGCUUGGGUGGGACUUUGGAGGGCAUAGGCCCACUUGGGAGCCAGGCCCAGCCAAUCAGCAUGAGUUUUUCCCCACAAAAGGUCUUUAUUACAGACAUAAAUACUACUCAGCCCCCUCCCAGACAAUCCUGCAGGUGAAGAGGUCCUGGGCUGCCGUGGAUACAUGUGAUCUGCAGUUGUGAGGCCGGUUGGAUGUACUGCCAAAUUCUCUAAAAGGACGUUAGAGGUGUCUUAUGGUAGAGAUAUAAAUAUUGAGUUCUCUGGUAACAGCUCUGGUGGACAUUCCUGCAUUCAUCAUGACAAUUGCACAUUCCCUAAACUUGAGACAAAUGUGACAUUGUGUUGUGUGGCCUUUUAUUGUCCCCCAGCACAAGGUGCACCUGUGUAAUGAUAAUGCUGUUUUAUCAGCAUCUUGAUAUGCUACACCUAUCAGGUGGAUGGAUUAUCUUGACAAAGGCUGAAAUGCUCAUUAACAGAGAUAUAAACAAAGUUGUGCACAACAUUUGAGAGACAUUAGCUUUUUGUGCAUAUGGGACAUUGCUGGAUUUUAUUUCAGCUCAUGAAACCAACACUUUACAUGUUUAGUUUAUAUUUUAGUUUAUUUACUGUGAUAGUCCAAACAUACUAAAUGGAGUGGCACUGAUGUUUUUUGUAUAAUAUAAAACGUUUUGCUCUGAGACCAGGCUGUCUCUCUGCAGUAUUCUGUGGGAAGGAGCUAGUAUACACUUUUUAAUUGUUUUUAUUGAACCUUUGUUUAACUAGGCACGUCAGUUAAGAACCUAUUCUUAUUUACAAUGGUGGCCUAGGAACAGUGGGUUCAGAUUUUUACCUUGUCAGCUCGGGGAUUCAAUCUAGAAACCUUUUGGUUAUUGGCCCAACACUCUAACCACUAGGCUACCUUCCACCCCUAACAUGUAUCAGAUAGAGAUGGUGUGAUGAUCACUUUUCACCAUUAGUUUGGGGGGGAUUGUUUUACAACUUUAUUUAAUGAUACACAGUUUAUGAAAUGAAUACAUGUGUUUAUUAAUUGUCUUUAAAGCUAGAUGAGUUAUUUUAGUUACUGAUCAUGAAUGUGUUUGGAUAACUGCAUUGAAGAAAACGUUAUUGAUCUGCCAAUGAAAAUUAAAGUUACAUGAAUAUGUACUGGUCAA